AAGAAACUGUAUCCACAGCCCUCCUCAUCGUGGUGUGAAGAUUUUGAAGGAGGUUAUAGAAUGCCAAGAAUUUUCAAAGUGAAAUCAAAACAAAAAAUCCAGAGCAUUGUGCAGCCACAUUAUUUGCCAAGAAAAGAGGAAAGUCCUAAAAGUGAGAGACAAGCUGUUGAAUCAGAUCUUGCCAACACAUCCUUGUGGAGGCCAGCUGUGCUGUAGAAAAUAGUAAUGGCUUUGAAAGGGUUUUCACCAGUGGAGAGAGAACAGUCGUUAGUUGUAGAAGGUGAUGAUCCCAGGUGGAAAAGAAUUCAGACUUUGUUGAGUGAAAGAGGUGUGCUAUCUUCAAAUUCAACAAUAGCUGCUGAAGCUGUAAAGACUAUUGGCCAGCUCAAGUGCCGCGAGAAGUGUGUUAUAGAUACCUUGACUGAAGUGUUAAAACAACAAAAAGACCCAAAGGUCUGCUAUGAAGCAAGCAAGGCACUAAUCUUAUUAGGGACAUGGGAUCCAUAUGGUAUGGCAGUGAUGAGAGAGUACAUCAAGAGAGGCAACAAGGAUGUUGUGUUGGAAUUAUUAUCAAUAAUGACCAAAGCUAGAGAUAUAGCUUUUGUGGACAAGACUACCCAAGAGUUCAAGCAGAUGGUCAGUUUACUAAUACACACCGUAAAGACCCAGUCUCCCGAGCUAGCAUUUCAUGCAUCAGUGAGUCUGGGACGACUGUGUGUGGUUGAACCAGUCUCAAAGAUGUACCUCAUCACCAGACUUUCUGAAUUAUCUCCACAGGAAAAAGGAGAGGCAUUGUACGUUUUGAUUAAACAAAUGAACUGCACGGAAAAACUGGUCUUGGAUGCGUUAUUAGAACAACUGAACACAGCUCAUAACUGGAAGCUAAGAAUGGAAGCAGCUGAUUUACUCAUUUUUAUUGGACCAAGAGACGUCUUUAAGGUGAAAAGUCCGGAUGAAGUGUUUGAUACACUGGAAAAGCUUCUUUGGGAUCAUGCUAACAAGGAACUGAGAAGGAAAGUGUCCGAAGCACUAAGCUCACUUGACUUGCGACAAAGAGCAUGUCAACUGGUUCUAAGACGGCUAGAAGACCCAACGGAAGAAGUUCGAGGGCGUGCGGUCAUUUCCUUGGCUACUCUAGAAAUGAAGGGAGUGAAAGAAAUGAAGGCUUUAUUGGACAUAUUAGAACUGGAUUCUAGUGUUUACGUCAGAAUACAGGUUGUGAGAGCAUUCGGUUAUAUGGAGUGGAACGAUCCAAGAAUUAUUCGAAGCCUUAGGGAGCGGGAGAAAGGCGAAGGGGCGCUAGCAACGGAAGCGAGAAAAACUCUGGCUUAUUUUACAAGGUGCCUAGGCAAGACGUCCAUGGUAGAAUGAUUCAAACGCAGGCCAUUAUGCAGAAUCUAUCAACAAGGAUCGACAAGAUCACAAUGAACCGGUCAGAACCGGUCAGGGCCGGUCAGGGCAUUUUGUAAAAUUGAACCCGCAGAAAUUUAACUAUAAUCACUUUAUUUUUUUUCUGAUACAGUGAUAUAAACAACGUUUUGUAAAUAUUCAAAAAAGUUUUAUUUUGUUUGUACAGCAUUAAAUCAAUAUAAAGUGUGUGACA